GAGAGAGAGCAGUUAUAGUCAUACAAAAGAACAAAAGUGUUUAAAAGAAUCAUGAAUUAAGCUGGCACGUUUAAAUGUUUGUUUACAGAUUUAUUAGUUCUUACUUUGAUUUUCAACUAUAGCCCUAUAGCCCUAGCUGAGAUCUGCUUCUGCUGCUCAUACUGUGAUCAGCCGCCCUUCCCCCACAGCACUCUCUGAUCGCGCGCGCGCCCUUCCCCCACAGCACUGUCUCUGACUGACUCGCUGCAGAUGAGAUGAAUGAAUGAACUAACAAAAGUCUUGUGAGCUCUAGUUUACAGCAGACCUGCACGUUUUGAAUAUUCUUAUUUGUAAUUCUCUUAAAAACUUUAUGAUGUGGUGUUAUUUUAUAAAAAUAAGUGCACAUCGGGUACUUUUUGCUCUUUUAAACCAGUGCAUGUACGGACAUGCGCACUGGUUCGUAGUUUGAGGUGGGUGCUCGGUUAAAAAGUGAUCAUGUGCUCUGUCCACUAGAAAGACUAACUUCAUCACAUUUUUUUUUUUAAGUUUGAAGAAACAGUACUGUGGUUAAAACAAAUAUCAUUGCCACCAGAUAAUUUUCUAUUAGGCCAAAUAAAUGUAGUCACAAUUUCAACGUGAAAUCCAAAUACGUAACUACGUCAUUUACGCAAGUCAGCGACGGUGGUGUUUUCCCGGGAAAUGCAGACACGUGACGAUGGAACGCGCGAAACAGACGACAAACAACCCACCAGGAGGAAAGUCAUUUCAAGAAAGAAAGUCGCCAUGCUGGGAAAUAAAAGACGUAGGAAACCUCUGCAGGAUGCUGAGCAUCACAUUACCUGUAAAACUGACAAGCCUGGGCUUCGAGAGCAGUUCAUCAGCAAAUAUAAAGGGCGUGGAGUUUUCACCACUGGAGCUUUUUUCAGAGGUGAUUUUGUUCUUGAAUACAGAGGUGAACUUCUGAGUUCACAGGAGAGUCUGGACCGAACUGGACACUACACUGAAGCUGAGAACACGUUCCUGUUUGAUUUUCAGUGGCAUGGCAAAAAUUGGUGCAUGGAUGCAUCUAAAGAAGACUCGUCUUUGGGAAGACUUGCAAACGAUGAGACCAGAAAUCCUACUUGCAAAAUGAGAACCGUUGAAGUGAGCAGAAAACCUCACCUGUGUCUGUUUGCUGUACGAGACAUUCUACCAGCAGAGGAAAUCACUUACAAUUAUGGAGACUCAGAUUGGCCAUGGCGAGUCAAGCCUUUGAAUAAAGCAUCAGCAGAAUCCACUGAUAAAACGCCAGUCAGCAGUUUGCGCCUGCAUAAAUCCCCCCAUUGUGCAGCUUCUGUUUCCUCUCCUGAACUGGACAAGGUAAACAGCAAUGGUCCUCAUAAGCAGUCAGGCAAAGCAAGAACAUCAAGGAAUAAAACGAAGCAGUUCCGAUCAAGACUGUUACAGUCAUCCUCAGUCGCAUCCACAUCUGAUGCACCCUCUUCAUCGGCACCCUGUGCUUUGUUCACCUCUAUAAUGGCCUUAUCAACCUCAUGCCCUCCUGCCCUGUCCUCAUCACCGUCAACACCACCUGCGCCACCCACGUCACCUUCAACCUCGCCUGUGCAGCCCUCAUCACCUUCUCAUGCGCAGCCCUCAUCAUCCUCGCCUGCGCAGCCUUCAUCACCUUCUCAUGUGCAGCCCUCAUCGCCUUCUCAUGUGCAGCCCUCAUCAUCCUCAUCCUCGCCUGCGCAGCCCUCAUCACCUUCUCAUGUGCAGCCCUCAUCAUCCUCAUCCUCGCCUGCGCAGCCCUCAUCACCUUCUCAUGUGCAGCCCUCAUCAUCCUCAUCCUCGCCUGCGCAGCCCUCAUCACCUUCUCAUGUGCAGCCCUCAUCAUCCUCAUCCUCGCCUGCGCAGCCCUCAUCACCUUCUCAUGUGCAGCCCUCAUCAUCCUCAUCUUCUCCUGCUCCACCCUUAUCUUCACCUUGUGCUGCAUCAACACCUGUGGUUCACUCAUCACAGGCGUCUGAGACCCUCUCAUUAAGGAAGAUAUCCUCUUUAAGGCCAUCAAGAAAAAGACAGUAUUCAGGAAGUGCCGUCUGUGAUACAGACUACAGCGAUGUCACAGACUACAGCGAUAUUGACUAUAUACCAAAAAUCAGCUCAGAUGAUUCGGAUGGUAGUUCUUCUGGACAUGACAUGGUCAAAAGUGCUUUGAUACAUCCAACAUCUCCCAAAGAGGCAGGUAGUUUAUCUGAUCAAUGUAUGACCGCACCAUCACCUAAAAAGAUGAAAUGCCAAUCUAAAGAGACAAACACCUCGUCUGGUGAUAAGACUUUUAUUCAGUCAAUGCCAUCACCAAAGCAGGAACGCAAGACGUACAACAAAAAGCAGUAUUGCCUUUAUUGCUCUAAGCCAUAUUCAAAAAUGGCCAGACACCUUGAAUUUGUCCAUCGCAACGAAGUGGGGGUUGUAAAGGCAGUAGCAUUUCCAAAACAUUCCAAAGAAAGACGAGUCCAGUUAAACCUCCUUAGAAAAAGGGGCAACUUUGCCCACAACACCGAUGUGGUGAGACAAGGACAUGGGGAGAUGAUUGCCUGCUACCGUCCAAAAAAUAGUCAAAGAGCCAAUGAAUUUAUUCACUGCAUUUACUGCCAAGGGCUUUAUAACAAGCGUAGCCUUUGGAAACAUAUCAAAAACUGUCCCCUGAAACCAAAAAAUGAGGAUGCCCAGGGCAGGAAAAGAGUUCGAUCCCUGUGUGCUCUAAACACACCAGUCGGCUUAGAAGUGAGCAAAGGAUUCAAGAAAGUACUCUCCUUUAUGAACUAUGAUGAAGUUUCGCGUGUAGUUCAUACUGACAGAUGCAUCAUGCAGCUGGGGGAGCACAUGUUCAACAGGAUGGGGUCUGAUGUGACCAAACAUGACUACAUCAGACAGAAGAUGAGAGAAGUUGGCAGACUUCUUCUUGAAGCAAGGAAGAUUACCCCACUGAGAACAAUGGUAGACUUCAUCAUACCAACUAACUUCAAACAUGUCAUAGCAGCUGUUAAAGUUGUAUCUGGCUAUGAUGAAGAGAAAAACUCCUACCGCAUUCCUUCUUUAGCUCUCAAACUUGGGCAUUCUUUAAACAAGAUAUCUAGCAUUGUUGAGAGCAAUGCUAUGAUGUAUGGAGAUCAUGAGCGUGCUGAGUGUGCCCGAGACUUCAGGAAAAUACACCAGGCAAGGUGGAAUGAGUACAUUUCUGCUGGUGCUAUAACUACAUUGAAAGAAGCCAAGUGGAACACACCACAGAUCAUUCCUUUCACUCAGGAUGUCAAAGUCCUGCACACACAUCUUGAAAAGAAACACAAUGAGCUCCUAAGUAAGCUCAGAUCUUGCCCUUCUGCUGACAGCUACGCUGCUCUAGCCAAGGUCACGCUGUCCCAGGUCAUCCUGUUCAACCGAAGGAGAGAAGGUGAGGUAUCCCGGAUGCUUUUGUCAGCUUUUAAAAGCAGGGAUUCUUCUGAGCUACACGAAGACAUUGCCAUCUGUCUGUCUGAGUUUGAGAGGAAGCUGUGUCUGCACUUCUCAAGAGUUGAGAUCCGUGGUAAAAGAGGGAGAAAAGUUCCUGUGCUCCUCAAGCCUUCCAUGGUUUCUGCCAUGGAGCUGCUUGUUGAAACGCGUGAGCUUUGUGGUGUUCCAGCAGAGAAUCCCUUUAUGUUUGCUAGAUGUGGAGCAAUGUCUGCCUACAGAGGAGGAGAGUGCAUCAAAAAAGCUGCUUGCGAAUGUGGCAUAAAGAACCCUGAUGCACUGUCAUCAACUAGGCUUAGGAAACACAUAGCAACCAUGUCUAAAAUUCUUAACCUUAAUGAGAAUGAAGCAGACCAACUGGCUGAUUUCCUUGGUCACGAUAUCAGAAUCCACAGACAGUAUUAUCGGUUACCAGAGGGAACACUGCAGCUGGCAAAAAUGAGUAAAGUCCUAAUGGCCAUGGAGAAAGGAACACUGUCUGACUACAAAGGAAAGAAACUUGAUGACAUUGAAAUUGACCCAAAUGAGCAACUUGAGGCCCAAGGUGAUUCCAUGUCAAGUGAUGAGGAGGAUUCCAGUGACCUAUCUCAGACACCAGCACCAGCACCAGUACAGACUGAUCAACCUGUUCAAUCUGAACAAGCUGUUUCACAGGAGGAUCAAGGUUCUUCAAAUGCUCCAAAAAAGAAAUGGGAGGACAGUGAGGUAAAAGCAGUAGAGAGACACAUGAUGAGUUUCAUCAAGACAUGCAAAGUUCCUGGUAAGCAAGACUGUGAAAGAUGCAUUCACGCAGAGCCAGAAGCUUUGAAGCAGCGAACAUGGACUGGUGUGAAAAAUUAUGUGCGGAACAGGAUCACGACUCUUAAAAGAAAGGGUGGUUUGUAGGGAGGGACAAACACUUCAACACUUUGCACAUUAUGCACUUUUUGUAGGAAAUGGAGCUAAAUUAAAAGAAAUGAGGAUAAAGGUGUAGAAAUAUUUUGUGGAUGGAAUGAAACAGAAUAUAAAGUGAAAAGUUAGAGUAUAAGAAGGCUAAUGAAGAAGUAGAGGAUAGUAAGAGUCAAUUUUCUUUGUUCAGUUACAAUAUAGUUGGAUGAAAUGUUAUGUUAAACUUUUUGAUAUUUCUGUCAUAGAGGGAGGGGAGAAUGUAAAGAUGAUAAAAAAGGGAAGAGUGA